AUUUUCCAUCGUUAAUAACUUAAUUGGACACCAUCUCUGUAUCCGUACUUUAUUCGGGAGGGGAGUGGACUAGGCCCGGCUGUAUGUUUUGCGAGAGAGGAUGAAUAAAGGAGUCGGCGGCGGCGGCGGCGGCGGCUUGGGAAGUGCUGCCGUCGGUGCUGGAAGCGGACCCACGGCGGCUGCAGCGGCAGCGGCAGCUCAGAAGCAGAAGUCGUUGCUACAAAGAGUCGAAACCGACAUCGGCAACAUCGUCGACAACUUCAGCCACCUCGUCAAUGUCUCCCGGGUGAAUGAUCCACCCGUAAGAAAUUCACAAGAAGCCUUCAUGAUGGAGAUGCGUGCAGCUAGAAUGGUUCAAGCAGCUGACUCCCUGCUUAAGUUGGUGUCAGAGCUUAAGCAAACAGCAAUCUUUUCAGGAUUUGCAUCACUUAAUGACCAUGUGGAGCAAAGAACAGUUGAGUUUAACCAACAUGCAGAGAAGACAGAUCGGAUGUUGGCUAGAAUUGGAGAGGAGGCAGCUGCCAGCCUUAAGGAGCUUGAAGCGCAUUAUUAUUCUUCUGCGGAGAGGGCGAGUCAAUUGCAAAAUGGGGAUUUACGAUGAACAGCACAAGAGCAGCUGCUGCUCGUUUCUUUCAAGAUUCCCACCCACUCCCAUUUCUUAGUUCACCCCUUUUUUGGUGGGGCGUGGGGUUGUCGGACCUGUUUGACGGAUUUAAACUCUCAUGAGGGUCUAUAGCAAUAUUUCCAUUCAAACACUAACUACAACUUCAAGUUUCUGUUAUAGGUUAACUGCAUGGUCUGGAUCAUUUAUAAGUUCCAUUGUAAAUGUUUUUAUGCCACCAGUGAUUAAAUUGUCAAUGAAUCCAACGGGGGUAUGA